AUGAAGUCACCCGAGCUCCUAGAGUCAACAGCGUCGGAGCCCUUGACCAUCGAAGAAGAGCGAGAGAUGCAGAUGAAGUGGCAGGAAGAUGACGACAUCCCCGACGCGAUUGCAUCCUGUCCCAUGAUAGGAGAUGUCAACCUCUUUUUGCCGGACGGCACAGCCGGAGAUGUCGAAUGCGAGAUCAUGCUAGCUGAGCCAUCUUUCCGAGGCAAAGGUUACGCUAGGGAGGCUCUCUCCCUCUUCCCUCUGGGAAUUGGACCCUCCCAAUUCAUUGCCCGGAUUGGGGCAGAAAACGCUGCAUCUCUCCGCCUGUUCGACAGCCUGGGCUUCGGACAGGUCAAACUGGUGGAGGUAUGGAACGAAAUUGAGCUUCGAUGGGGCUGGAAUAACCACUCAUCUGCUAAAGCACAGCAGUGGGCUCCCAGCGCGCUGGAGGGACGCAUCGGCGUGUAUGCCUGA